UCCAGGUUUCUGUCUUCAACUUUUAACUUUCAGACAUCAAAAGCUAAGUUAUAAAAAUCUAUUAUAUGGUGGAGGAAGGUUGGUGGAUUUUCCCCCAGUAACUCAGGGAGGCUCGAGGAAAAAUAUUUUCAGGGAGGGUAAAAAAAAAAAAAAAAGUUGCACCCAGUCACCCCUUCCUCUGAUAAAUAAAGAACAGUCCCUAAAGUUCUAUAGAUCCCCCAUUCAACUUUUCUAUUCAAGCAACUUGAAAAGAACUCAUUACUUCCUGGCGGGAAAUCUUCUUCCUUAGCAACAGUAACUAAGAGGGGCGGGGCUUAUAACAGGAAGGCUCCUUUCGACUCAGCCCAGGACAUCAGAGUCCAUGAGAGAGGAGGAGCAGGAGGAGCAGUAGAGGAGCGGAAUGGAGGAGGACAAGCAGAACCCGGAGCACCGGAGCAACAAGGUCCCCAGAAGACAAGCAGCAGGCUCGUCCUCUGAUAGCAACGAUGUUGAGGAACAGAGAGGAAGAGAGGAACUUAUACGUCACCACCGUGACAAAUCCUUCGCAACAUCUGGAUCUUUAAAAAUUCAUCAAAGAAUUCACACAGGAGAGAAACCGUACAGCUGUGAUCACUGUGGCAAAGCUUUUAAACACUCAGGUCCCUUUAAAGUCCACCAACGUAUUCACACAGGAGAGAAACUGUAUAGCUGUGAUCAAUGUGGCAAAGCUUUUACACACUCAGGUCACUUUAAAGUCCACCAACGUAUUCACACAGGAGAGAAACUGUAUAGCUGUGAUCAAUGUGGCAAAGCUUUUACACAUGCAGGUCACGUUAAAGUCCACCAACGUAUUCACACAGGAAAGAAACCAUACGGGUGCGACCAAUGUGGGAAAACGUUUUCACAACGCACGUCCCUUGAAACUCACCAAAGAAUUCACACAGGAAAGAAACCGUACAGCUGUGAUCAAUGUGGCAAAGCUUUCAGAUGGUUAGGGAACUUGAAAGACCAUCAAUGCAGUCACGCAGGAGAGAAACCAUACAGCUGUGAUCAAUGUGGCAAAGCUUUUACACACUCAGGUAACUUGAAAACCCAUCAAUGCAGUCACACAGGAGAGAAACCAUACAGCUGUGAUCAAUGUGGCAAAGCCUUUGCACAGUCAGGGGCCUUAAAAGACCACCAACGUAUUCACACAGGAGAGAAACCAUACGGGUGCGACCAAUGUGGGAAGAAGUUUUCCAUAAAGGGACACUUAAAAUCUCAUAAACAUAUUCACACAGGAGAGAAACCAUACAGCUGUGAUCAAUGUGGCAAAGCCUUUUUACAGUCAUGGGCCUUAAUAAGCCACCAACGUAUUCACACAGGAGAGAAACCUUACAACUGUGAUCAAUGUGGCAAAGCCUUUGCACAGUCAGGGGCCUUAAUAAGCCACCAACGUAUUCACACAGGAGAGAAGCCGUACUGGUGUGAUCAAUGUGGAAGAUUAUUUGCCCAGUCAAGUCAUUUGAGAACCCACCAAUGCCGGCAUGCAGGAGAGAACCUGUACAGCUGUGACUAG